ACUAAGCAUGUAAGCAGAAUAUUUCUUAACUUUUUGGUGAUCUUAUUACUGAUUCAAAAUACAUCGACAUUUUGUUCUAUUUUAGAAUAUACAUCCAAAAAUGACAUACAAUGUUCCUAUAAACACGUCGCCAAACUUCCAAGCACAAGUUGUUUGCGAUCAUAAAAGGAAAAUAAAGGAUAUAUUUGUCGGACACCCAGGAUCCGUACAUGACAGUCGAGUGUUUCUGACAUCACCAUUAUUUGGAACACAUCAAGAAAAAUGUGGAAACCACUUUCUUAUUGGAGACAGUGUUCCACCAGCACUAGAAGCACAGAAUGUAAUUGUUGGACAAGCAGGGCGAGAUGCAGGAAAUGAAAAUCAGGAUGAACAAACUGGGAUAACGAAAAGAAAUGAAGUAAUGAAUAGCUUAGAUUUCGUAAUUUAGUAUGUAAUGUGUAUUUUUAAUAAAAG